GACGUCCGCUUUGCCGACGAUGACGAUGACUACGAGUACGAGCGCACCAGCUUCACCUACCGGCCGCUGUCUCGGCUGCCCACACCGCCUCCCACGCUGAGCAAGCCGCUGGUGGUGGACCAAUCGCUCGAGGACGAUGAAACGCUGAAUCCGCGAUACCGAGGUCCCGCCAUCCACCUCGUCAAUCUGAUUCCCGCAUCGGCAUCGCUUGCGACUGCAUCCGUGUCCUUUGUCCAGGCCAUGCUGUCGAGGGCCGAGCUGUCCAUGGAGAUGGUGGCCCUGGCCGUCUGCAUCCUCGACAGCCUCGACACCAAGUUUGCGCGCACAUGGCGGCUGUCGUGCCCGCUGUCAUGCCCCUUGAGCACGGACGACAUUGACUCCCCGGCUGCGGCAUCACCAUCCCUUAGCAAGCGCCACUCUCUUCCGCCGAGGCCGCGCGACGUUCCCCAGCGGCAGCUUCACAUUGACUCUGUCCGUCCCGAAAUCAUCAUCCUGGCGGCCCUCGUCAUCGCAGCCAAGUUCACCCAGGACCCGCAGCAGCCGCCGCAAUUCUACCGCCUGGCAUGGGGUCGCGGCCUGUGGUCCAACGAGCAGCUCAACGUCACGGAGCGGUGCAUCAUGGAGAGCCUGGACUACCGCAUUCUGCCGCUGUGCGAAGACGACUGCCUUACCGACGCCAUGGUGGACAUGCAGCUUGCCGCCGAGCUGGAGACU